CUGGAGUGGAGAGGCUAAGAUUGCCACCUGCAUAAUACAACUGUCACAACCUGCAGAAGAGAAGAAAAUAAAUUGUCUAAGGCUAUCAUGGAUGCUUGAGAAAACUCGACAUGAACUUCAACAAUCAAAAUCAUGUUAAAAGUAAGCAGAACAGUAUUUCUUCUGAGAGUUAGCUUCAAGAGUCUGAGUGUCUCCAGCCUUGCUAUCUUACCUGCUGCCUUUUCCUAAGACAGGACAUGGAGUUGAGGGUCCUUUCUUCCCAGUAGGUGCUAAUGAAGUUACUUAUUUCACCAGAGGAAAUGUGGAUCCAUGAAAUUCCAUUUUGUGCAAGUUGUUGUUAACUCUGUUGGCAAUGUCUAUGAUUUUAUCUGCGUCUGUGGUCCGUGUGAGGGAUGGACUCCCACUGUCUGCAUCUACUGAUUAUGAUCAAAGCACAGGAGUGCAAGAAUGUAGGAAAUAUUUUAAAAUGCUCUCAAAGAAACUUUCUCAGCUUCCUGAUAGAUGUACUCUGAAAACUGGGCAGUAUAAUAUAAACUUUAUCAGUUCUCUGGGAGUGAGCUAUAUUAUGUUGUGCACUGAAAAUUAUCCCAGUGUCCUGGCUUUCUGCUUCCUGGAUGAGCUUCAGAAAGAGUUCAUUACUACCUACAAUAUGAUGAAGACAAAUACUGCUAUCAGACCAUACUGCUUUAUAGAGUUUGAUAAUUUCAUUCAGAGGACCAAACAGAGAUACAAUAACACACGUUCUUUGUCAACAAAGAUGAAUCUUGCUGACAUGCAGACAGAAAUCAAACUGAGACCACCCUACCAAAUUUCAGUGUCAGAACUUGGUUCAGCUAAUGGGUUUGCACAUUUGUCUGCUGCAGAUUAUAAGGGUACUGGUAAGAUCUCGGCUGCUCCUCAUCAGCGUCUGGAACCUGUAACUCUGCCAGGGAUUGUCUCGUUUGUACUCAGUCUGUUAUGUGGGGCUUUGAAUUUGAUUCGUGGCUUUCAUGCCAUUGAAAGUCUUCUACAGAACGAAGGUGAAGAUUUCAGUUAUGUUAUUGCAUUUUUUCUUGGAACAGCUGCCUGUUUGUACCAGUGUUACCUAUUUGUGUAUUACACAGGCUGGAGGAAUGUCAAAUCCUUCCUGACUUUUGGGUUAAUUUGCCUGUGUAAUAUGUAUCUGUAUGAACUGCGCAAUCUGUGGCAGCUCUUCUUUCAUGUGACUGUGGGAGCAUUUUCUACCUUACAAAUACGACUGAGACAACCACAGGGGAAGUCCCCAGAUUACAAUGUUUGACAAGUCCUGGAACAUUUCAAGGCAAUCUUGUUCCAGCAGUUAUUCACUCUCAGGAAUGUAAAGCUGUUCUCCAAAAGAGAAGCUAUCUGGAUGGGACUUUUCAUUUGUUUUGUGCUUCGUAGGUUUGUGGGGGUUUUUUUGUUUUUUUUUGUUUUGUUUUUUUUUGAAAAAAAGCAAUGUAAGAUGCCUGUGGACAUUUUUCAUUUGAUGGUUAAACUUGUUUUUAAAGGAGAGCUGAAGACACAAAAGAAUACUGGACUAGAGGAGGAAAAUGGGUCAUAUCUGUGCAGUGAAAUGUGUUGGGAGCACCAGGUUUGGAGAACUUGACUGGUGGCAUGAAAAAGUGUGUUAAUGGAAGGAAUGUAUUAGAGUAUGUGUCCUGCAUAUCAUGCAAGCUCUUUACUUCCAAAAUCAGUUUUGCCUUUGUGAGGCAGUAGGGGAAUAGGCUAAAUUAAAAAAAAAAAAAAAAAAAGUGCUAUUGCCUGUUAGCAGACUAUAGCUGGAAUGUGUGAGAUGCUACAUUUUGGAACAUUUUCACAUUGACAUAUGCCUGAAAGAUUUCCUAAUUAAGUGUAACCUGGAAACUUUGUAGUUUCUGGGGAUCAGCUUUUUGGCACUAGUGGCCCUCUGCCUAGUGCUGUAAAUACUUGCACAUUUUUUCAUAUGUUUAAUUUGCUCUUAAUUAUCUUUUGAAAGUGAUCUCUGUGGGCACGGUUUAUUUUUAAUAAUUAUCCAACAAAAGUGUGCCACUUACCCCACCAUUUUUGCACUCUUCCUCUGUUUGAUGUCUAAAAAGGGUGAAAGGAAAUGGUCUCGUGAAUAGAUGGAGUGACUGAUUUUUUGACUAUUCUUUUUAUUAUUUUUGGAAUGGAUAAAUAACUAGCUGAAACCUUAUAUAAGCAACUAUGACAGACAAAUAAUAAAUCGGUCUAAUUAGCUUGAACAAGAAAAGAACAGGAAUUUUGUUUCUUAUACUGGAUUUGUUUUAUUGUGCUGGAAUAGAACUUCCUUGACCUGGACUUGUGUUUGAGAGAACCAUUGCAUAUUCCAGAAGUUUGUGAAUUAAUCAGCAAGCAACAAAUACUUACAAUUGCAACCACAUGGUACCAUCAUCUGUUACAUUGUUUUGAGGGUCUCUUUUUUUUUUUUUUUUUUUUUUUUUUUGACAAUUGUACUUCAGUUACUUAUGAUGUUCUGUAAUGUACAAAUAGACAGACAUAGAUUUUUAUAUAUGACGUGGAAUAAUGCAAGGGUUCACUGAAGUGCUGGAAAAAAAAAGUUUAAAUAGCAGAGAGGUUACCAUGCUGCUUGUGUUGUUGGAUCUGGAGAUUGGCAGGGCUUUGCUGUACCUUGAAGUGUUGCUUCUGGCAGAUUUCUAAGGACAUUUCCCACAAAAUUAUAUGUUUUGGCAAGUUUUGGAAUCAGAUUAUGACAGAGAAGAAUGGAGCCGGAUACUUUUUUCUUUUUAAAGGAUGGUGUUGGUCGAGAAAAUCUAGAUCCCUUGAGGUUGAGGAGUAUUAGAGAAUGAAAUUGCGGUCUUCAGUGAGCAGUAGUGGUAUGUGUGUUAUUCAUAAUGUCUAUUUCUCCGACUGAUAUGCAAGACUAACACCAUGAAGAUGUCUUGGUGUGCAGCAUCAACAGCUAGUGUUGUGGGGUAUAUGCUUUGCUGUUAAGCCUCUUCACUCCCCUCUUUGAGCCAGAAAAGUAGAGUGCAUUCAUGGAUAUGGUCUGUUUUUGUUUUGGGAGCCAGGAACAUGGGGAAGAGAGUUGGAGGAGGGCAAGCACACAAGAAUUUUAGGAAAUGUAUAACCAUGAAUAUUUUAAAAACAUAGAAAAACAGAAAACACAAUCUGUGUUUAGCACUGAGAAGUUUACCUGUGUUAGCUUUUAUGCAGCUUUCUGAAUGCUGGACACCUGAAAACAUAACAAGCAGUGCUUUACCAAUUUAAGUCAAGGAUUGAAAAAUAUAGAUAUUCAUGUUUAAAUAUAAAACUAUGUUCUUAUCUUGCUUAUAAAAUCUACAGGAGUCCUUUGACCUGUCUUUUUACUUCACCUCAGUUGAUAGGCGGGGAAGCUAUUAGGAAUGCCCAAAAUGUUACUUUGUUUUUUGACUUGUGCUACUGUGCACAUGAAGACUUUCCUGUUGCAUCCUUUCUUGGACUUAAAUGUCAGCAGAUAAUCGUGUUUCUCUGAUGCUGUUUCUAAAGAUGCACUUUUAAGGAAUGAUAAUUUCCUGUGCUGUAAUAUGUGGAGCCAUUAUCCCAUGACAGUUGUUAUCAUGUUUAACUAACUGCUGACUAACAGAUACAGUGAACAAAUACAACUAUCAGUGUAGUGGAGGACAGAAUUUUUUUUGUUUUCUUGUUUUUAUAGCACUGAUAAAGAAAGUCCCAAUUUACAGUGGAAAAUUAAUAUCUGAUCUAAACGUGACUGUUCUUCAUCACUUGAUAUGUGCUAAAAAAAGAUGGCUUUUGUGUAUAUUACUGUAGUGUGAUUGUAAUAUCUGAACUUGGCAGAAAUUUUUGCGAGAUUAGAAACAUACAGUGUUCGUGGCCAAGUCGGAGGUGCAAAUUUACAGAAAACUCCCAGGAUUUCACAAUUGCUUGCACAAAGCCAGGAUUCAGUGAAACGGGUGCUUCCUUGCUGACUUCACCAGAUACUUGAGUGCAUGCAAAUACUCAUAAAAAUGAAAUUCUGCAUUUAUUCACUAUCUUGAGCAACAUGCUUUAUUUUAACUUGAGUUGGACAAGGCCGUUCCUAGUUGUUUGUAUACUGUAGGGCUUAGCAGAACUAGAACCAACUUAAUGCUGUAUUUACAAAGUAAGCGCUCUGUAAAGUUAAAACCUCCAACACCCAAAAUAUUGUUUUUUUUGAAGAAAGUAUGACUGUUUAUGUUCACUUUCACUAUGGAAUUGCCAGACAAUUACUCCACAGUCCCCUACCUCAGCUUCCAGACAUUUAGUUAGUAUUUUCCUUGUGUAGUCUUUUUUUAAUGUCUGAGCUUUUUGACUGGAGUCUGCGAUCUUACAUUGAACAUUCAGGCUAAAAUCUGAGAAUAAGGGUUAUUAUUUCAUUUGCAAAUGGUCAGAUUUUUCUAGGAUUUGAUCUUUCAUUCGCUGUUUAGACCUCUUCUUUUGUCAUACUACUGAUUUAAAGGGAUGUGUGUGUGUGUGUGUGUAAAAGAAUGCAGCCUUCUGAGAAUGACUGAAUGUAUAAGGAGUAUAUGAGAACUAUAAGGUGAUGGAAAGUGCAGUUUGCUUUGCAAACAUUGUGAUUACUCAGCCUUUACUGCCGAUGCUUUAAUAUAUUGGUAGUCUCUUUAUCAAAGGAAUGAGGAACAUCUAUUUAGGCUUAUUACCUUUCAGGCUCCUGCCUUUCAUUCCCCAUUUCCACUGCAGGUACUGUUGUUUGAUUGUUUUUUUUUACUUUCAUGGUUUGUAUUGAAAAUGGAAGAAGCCCAUUAAUGCUUGCAAACCCUAAACGUGCGUUUUUGAAUUAGCUUUUGGUCAGAAUAAGUAAAGUAUUCUAGGUAUAUGUGUUACCACAGCUUUCUGGAUGCUGUUAAUAUAAAGGGAUGUAUUAUAGGAGAGUGUCUUUUCCUACUUGGGAGUAAUUGAUGAGCUGGGUUGCAGUAGGGGCUCUGCUUCAGUGGGAGUUCAGUGGGCUGAUGAGAGCCCAGCUGAUUUCUCCGCAGGGCUCUGAGUAAGCUUGGAGCAUCUAUCUACGUGUGCAGUUCCAGUUAUGGCUGGAUACUGCCAGUCAAAUAGUCCAGCUCCCCAUUUACUUUGGUAAGGCUAAAGAAUCUUACGGCAUCUGUGAUGGUUUUCUUUACUUGUGAACUGUAGUUUUUAUCAGUUUUAUUGAUCAAAUUCUUUUUUUAAGGGAACUUUACAGAGCACUUUUAUCGGUUGAUAGACCCUCUGUUUGCUGUUGUCGCUGUUCACAGAGCUAUCUAAAAGUCAUUGUGAACUCUUGCAGUGUCCUGAAAUUUUUGUUACCCUGGAUAACUUUUCUU